CAUAUUCUGUAACCGAAGUGGUUUCUCCAUGUGGUUGCCAGUUGCAGCGAGGACAUUCAGCCGAGUGCAGCUUCAGCCUAAUUAAAUGAUAAUUAUUAAUUUUGUGCAUUGCUCGCGACAGUGAGAAUUACUUGAAUGAAACAAAAUGCCAGAAAUUCGUGCCUGCUAAAAUUUCGUUGCUUACCUUCAAUACUAAAAAAUGUUUGUUCAUUUCACUCAUCGAGAUUUCAGUGCACCAAGGAGUGAUUUAUAAGUGUUUUUUGUCUUGCAGGAAAAUAACUAAACCUUUGUUUAGUACAGUUUUACGUAGAGUCACUACAAUGAUAAAAUGUCUCAUUCCCUCUACAUAAAAAAUGAUUCGAAAAAAAUUGAUUUUAUAUUUAAUAAUUAUCUGUUUAUUGAUAAUGAAUACUGGAAGUCAGGCAGAUUUCUCAGAUUCAAGUUUUCAAGAGAUCGUUUACCCAACUGUCAUAUCUCGAGAGGAGGUUCGAAGAAGAAGAUCAGUUCCUGACAUUGAUGAUUCGGAUUCGAUAUACAUAUCAAUAAGUAAUUGGACUUUAAAAACAAAAGUAAACAAGGGAUUAAUUAUUCCACCAGAAUUUGCAAUUGAGUUGAUUCAUUCUAAUAAAUUGGAAAGUCAGAAAUCAAAAUUAUCAAUAAAUUGUGAACCGAGAUCUGGAAGUGUAGAAGGUACAAUAAAUUCUCUAGUGGUUUUGACUAUUUGUGAGGGAGAAUUUUAUGGACUAAUGCUCGCUGAGAAUCGAAACCUUUUUAUUAAACCCCUUAUGGCAGGAAAACAUCUUCUGUAUGAAGAUCAAAAUCUUGGGUGGAAGACAAUAAAGGAGGAUAAUGAUUUCGUGAACCUGUUUCGAACUUCAUCCAGUGAUGAAGAUAAUAACUUUAAUAAGAGGCGAUUAAAGAGGGCUACCCAAACAGAGCAAAGUGUUUACAAUUUGACUGGAGACACCUUCGAUAUAGAAAGUGAGAAUAAAGAUACGGUUACAAAAAUUGAUGAUCAAGAAAAUUUGGAAAUAGAAGAAGAUAAAAAACAAACAGAAGAAGACGAUUCUGAAGAUGUUGGAUAUUUCUUUGAUAAAACUUGGGAAUGGGACAAACUUCCAAAAAGGAAAACUGUUCACAAAAUUUCUCCACCUCGGUGGAUAGAACUUGGAAUCGCUGCAGAUUAUUCAGUGGUUGGUUUUCACGGUACUCGUAUCCAACAUUAUAUUCUUUCCCUUCUAAACAUUGUCAGUGCCAUUUACAGUGACCCCUCUCUGGAUUCUAACACCAAGAUUGUGAUUGUGAGAAUGAUGUUAUAUACCAAUAAGGAUGACAAUAUGCAGAUUCGUCAUGGAAAUGCUCGGAAAUCAUUGGAGAAUGUUAACAAAUGGCAUCAAAAAUUAUUGUCCUCUUCUGAAGAAAUGGAUGAUGUGGCUGUAUGGUUGACAAGAUUAGACAUUGGAGGUCCUUCAGGAUAUGCCCCUGUUUCCGGUGCUUGCGAUCCUGCAAGAUCCUGUGCCUUAAAUCGGGAUGAGGGAUUAACAAGUGCCUUUAUCAUAGCUCAUGAAGUUGCUCAUAUUCUCGGACUAACACAUGAUGGUGACAUGGGUUCUGGAAAUUCUUGUGGGGAGGAAGCCUCUCAUGGCAGUGUAAUGGCACCCAUGGUCGCUGCCACAUUUCAUCGAUUUCACUGGUCGGCAUGCUCAAGAAAAGAAUUUCAUCGCAGAGCUAAACAAUGGUCUUGUCUCUUAAAUAAGCCAGAGGAGGAAAAUGCAACGCACCUUAAAGAAGUUAGUCAGACAGCGUUCACAAUGGACGAACAAUGCAGAAUGGAAUUUGGUGAAGGGUAUCAGUUGUGUAGAAGUUUUGAUCUAUUAGAGCCAUGCUCUCACCUUUGGUGUGGUAAACUUAAUGUAUCUAAAAUUUGUAAAACUAAAAAAGGUCCACCUUUGGAAGGCACAGAAUGUGGUGAAAAUAAGUGGUGUAUCAAUGGAUUCUGUGAUUUCGUAGACAGAAAAAAAUUUGACCUGGGUCCAAUAAUAUACAAUGAUAGAAAUGGAUCUUGGGGCAAUUGGAGUGAUUGGGGAAAAUGCUCGACAUCCUGUGGCAUAGGAGUUCAAUUUAGAAAAAGAAAAUGCAACGAACCACUACCAAUAUAUGGAGGGAGUCAUUGCAAAGGUGAAUAUGAAGAAUUCAGAGUUUGUGAACAGGAACAAUGUCUCGUAACAGUGGAUUUAAGAUUGCAGCAGUGUUAUCGACUUCCGAGUUUAAUACGUUUUGAGGAAAAAUUAUUUGAUUUCGAUACCACGUGGCUCCCGUAUGAACCUGAUGAAGAAGACUUGAAAUGUCAGUUGAUUUGUAGAAGUAAAGAAACUGCUAGCAUUUAUUAUAGCAAAUUAAAUCUUAUUGAUGGGACACCUUGUUCCUAUGGUAGCAGUAAUAUUUGUGUUCAGGGUAAAUGUUAUCCCAUGGGCUGUGAUAAAGUCUUGAACUCUGAAAAAAUAGAAGAUUCUUGUGGAGUUUGUGGUGGAGACAAUUCAACUUGUCAAAACAUUACUAAUAAAUUUCAGCGAAAGUUGCGAAGAAUCGUGACACGAUUAGCUGUAAUACCAUUUUUGGCAUACAACAUCAGAGUGGAUGUGACUAUUGCUAAAGAAUUAUUAUCUUACAAUGGCGAUUUAAAUAUUGUAAUAAGAGAUGGACGGAGGCACAAAAACGAAAUAAGUGAUUUUGAUUUCCGAGACAGAAAUCAAGUUUUAGUUGUCGAAGGGGCUGCUUUUCGACCUCAAAAAAUCAAUGAAACCUAUACAAUGUGGGCUAGAGGCCCAGUAUUUUCAGAAAUUGUAGUAACUCUAGUUGUGCCAGAUUUUGCUAUAAAGAAAGGAUUAUUUAUUUCUGCAUUUUCUCGAUAUGUUAUUAAUCGAACUUAUCAAAGAAAGAAAAGUAAAUACGUUUGGUUAUCGGGUGGUUGGGGGCCAUGUUCAACUACGUGUGGAAUUGGAAGUCGACAUAAGACCUUAGCUUGUAAAGAUGAAGAAUCAGGAAAAAUUGUUCAUAGAAGAAAGUGCCCUAUCAGUUCCAAACCUGCUCCUGAAAUCGAAAAAUGCAACCCUUUCAGCUGCGACUUCAAGUGGCUGACGGGUCCUUGGGAAGGCUGCACUAGAACAUGCGGAAAUAAUGGGCUUCAGCGACGCCAAUUAUAUUGUGUGUAUUCGUCUUUUCUCGGAAGUCAGGUGACGAAAGACAAUGAGCUUAACGUUUACAAUGUCAUGCUUUCUCCUGACAAAUGUAAAAUGUACGAAGAACCGUCUUCAGAACGGGAAUGUAAUAGAAUACCCUGUCAAGGACAAUGGGUUUAUUCUGAUUGGUCUCCCUGUUCACAAAGUUGCGGAAUUGGUAUUCAAUCUCAAGUAGCACGUUGUGUUCCUUUAGCAGGCGAAUCACUUUCAUCUUGCAACGGAACAUUUUUACCAGACAAAAUGCGUUUAUGCAGAGGAUCAGGAAAAAGGAAUCCAAAUUGUGCCCAUUACUGUCAAAAAGAUAAGAGCCAAAAUUGCGGUCUUAGAAAUCUUAGAAGAUAUUGCCAAAUUCCUGAAUUCCGAAGGAAGUGUUGUCGCUCUUGCCAAGAAAGUAAUAAUUGAAUUUUGUACCAAAUUUUUUAUUAAAAUAGAAUAAAACAACAAAAGCAUAUCUAGGUUUUAUAUCAAUCGGCAAUGAACACUUUAAAAACUUUUUAAUUAUGAAAAAAUUUCACUUUAUUUGUUUUCAACUUAAUUUCAAUAACUUUCAAUUUAAUAUAAAAUUAAAAUUGAAGAACGUCAAAUCAUGAUAACCUGAACGCUAUUUUUUAUAUAACUGUUUUUAUUGGUUCGAGAAUUGUC